GUGUGUGUGUGUGGGUGAGAGCGUGUGGGCAUGUGUGCUGGGGAAGGAAUCUUUCUGAAACUCACAUUUGCUUUCCCUGUGCAACCAACUCCUCCCGAUCAGAUAAACCUCUCUUUCUGAGUCUCCAUUCACAGUGACGUCAUGGGAGUUUCCCCAGAACUGAUAUAUACUUUAUAUUGCUGCAUCUGGAGGAGGACAACUGCAGUCAUCUCCAAAAAUUCUGUCUAACUCUUUUAAGAAUAAUUAAAACAUCCCAAAAAAAACACUAUUUAUUUACUUAUUUAAAUUUCUCUAUUUAUUGUCAGCAGAUAAACAUUUGUUCAUCUCCAUCCGCGUUUGAUAUUGUCUCAUCUGUACACAUAACUUUACCACGAAAGCAGCGGCAGUGAAAGUGUUCAGGCUGGUCAUUCCCGGGGAGGAAUGGAAGGCUACACAGCGGCACUGACAGGCAUGGAGCUCGGGGACGGAGCGCCGGGUAUGGUGCCGCCCCCAGGGAAGCCGUCGGGUGGCUGGGCAGGGAAGCUGUGUGGGGUAGUGAUGCUUGUGGCACUGUGCGGCACCUCUGCGAUGUUAUUCCACUGUCAUGGCCUGACUCAGUCGCAUGGAAUAGAAACCAAUGAGCACCAGCAGAACUUGAAACAAAUAUCUACAAAUGUGAAGGCUGCCAUCCAUUUGCAUGGCGAAUUCAACCCAAAGGUCUACAACAAAUCUGUGCUGUGGAGAGAUGGGGAUGGACAUUCCUUCUUCCAGGGGGGACUCAAACUGGAAAACAAUGAGAUCAUUAUACCCCAAAAUGGGCUGUACUUUGUCUACAGCCAAGUCUCAUUCCGAGUUCUAUGCAGCUCUGCAGCUGGGCACACGAACCAACCCCUUAGUCACACGAUAAUGCGCUGGUCAGAUUCAUACAGUGACGAGAAGCCCCUGCUCAGUGCAGUAAGUACAAUGUGCCAGAGCGAUGCAAGCGGCCUGGACAGACGAUAUAAUGCAGUAUACCUGGGGGCGAUAUUUAGUUUAGAGAGUGAGGACAGACUGUGGACAGAUACCAAUCAGCCGAAAAAUGUGGAUGGGGGAGAUGGAAAAACAUUCUUUGGUGUAUUUGCAUUGUGAUAAAAAGACAGAGACAACCAUAUGUAGAAGCCAACUAAAUUAAAGGGAACUGAAGACACGUUUUUAAGAAAAAGAGUUAAUGAAGAAGAUAAAAUCAAGUAAUCAAGAUAAGAACCUGUGACUUAGGGACAUUGUGGUUAUAGAGGAUGUAUUAGGAGAUAAAACUGUAAGAUCUAAUUAUUUUACAAAUCAUUAAUUCAGCAGUGUGCUUUAUGUUAUAGUCCAGGACAGGUUUAAAUGAAGGAAAUUGUUUUAUGUUAAAACACAGUGUUAAAACAAUGUUAAAACACAAUGUUAAAACAUUUUAUACUCAACAUGAACUAUUAAACCUGCAAAGUUACAAAAUGAAUCCAUUUUAUGGGUUUGAACUGCCAGUUAAAGAGAGCACGUACCCUUGUAAAUUGCAUACCAGUGUACCAUUGUUACUAUUAUUAUUGUUGUUAUGAAUGGCACUAUGUGCUAGUGUGUAUUAUGUAUAUUAGGACUGUGUUCUUUGGUGUGUGCUACUGUGUGCAUUACGUAUAGUGGGACUGUUUGAUCCUUGUUCUUAAGUUUUAAAAUGAUGCACUAUUACAUUCUCCUGUCAUUCAUACUAUGUUAUGAAAAUGUAUAUUUUCAUAAUGUUUAUAUAUAUUUAAGUGAACAGCUUUAAGCUAUUUUCAUUUGAUCUGAAUGUUUUUUUGGUUUUUAUAUUUAUCUGAUUAUUUAAUGUGUUGUCAUUGUUGUCUGUGAUUUAUUUUUAAUGAUGAAUGUAUUUGUAUAAACAAUGUGUAUGUAUUAUAUGUUAUUUAUGACCUCAGGUGUUGUGGAACCAGGGAUGACUUUACAAAGAUGUUCUCAGGUCUUACAGUAACACAAUUAAAAA